UUAAAUAUAGAUUAAGUUUUUUAAAUUGAGACACUGAAAUAUUUUAAAAACAACACAUUUUUAAGAAGAUAAUUUGAAACUAAUAUUGUUAGAUUUUUUAAAAGAAUAUAAACAAUAUUUUUGAUUUGGUGAAUGUUUUUGAACAAAUUUUAUUUUUUUUUUUUAUAUGGAAAUCUAAAAUUCUUGAAUUAUUUUAUUUUACUAACUCCGGCCCCCCUCCCCCCGAGCAUUUACCUCAGAAAAAACGAAUAACUUCUAUUUGAACAAUUUUUUAUCUAACUUGUAUUUCGAUAAAAAAAAAUUUGGAAAUGAAAGGAUUAAAUGAGAAUCGCAUAAUAUCGAAUAAAAUCGAACAGGAUCGAAUAUCAAAUCAAAUUACUAUUAUUUCAAAUCCUUUUUUAUUUCCAAAAAUGCGUUGUUCUCGGAAUAUUUAAGUGUCUUUAAUUACGAAAAAUAAAUACAUUGCAUGAUUAUUAUAAUAUAUAUACAUAUAUAUAUAUAUAUAUAUGUAUAAUUAAUUAAACACAAAUGGACAUUUCAGUUAGAUCAAAAAAGUUAACAGAUACGGAUUUUAAGGAUUAUUUAAACGAAAAUAAUAUUAUACCUUGGAAAGAAUGGAAAGAUACGGAAUUAAAUAAUGAAAAAUGGUCUUUACCACAAAGUAAUUAUUAUAAUAUAUUAUUAACUUAUUAGGGUGUAAAAUAAAAUGUCAUAAUUAAUUUAUACUAUUAAUAAUUUAGAUGGCGACGACGGAUUAUUUUUCGAUACAGAAUCAACUCCGAUGCCAUUAUCUUUAGAACCAUAUGAAUGGAUUCGUUCGAAUUAUUUAAAGGAUUUAACAGUAUAUUAAAUUAUUGAAUAUUCAUUAAUAUAUUUGAAUUUAAAACGAGCACGUUUAAUUUUAGGAACCAUUAACUGUCUUUAAAAUUACUAAAGAAUAUCCUGAUUUAAUAAAAAGGAAUAAACAUUUGUUGCACAGUGAAGUAUGUUGAAAUUUAUCAGCUUUUUAUAAACAAAAAAACAAAAAAAAAGAAAGAAAAGAAAAAAAAAUGGGACAAGAAAAAUAUUUAUAAAAAUUUAAAACAUUAGGAUUUUUACAAUCGAGUUCAAUGACAUAUACGAAUAUAAUUUAGUUCAUCAGAUGGUUUAUUUCGAGCUUGAUAAAUCUACAAUACUGCGGGCAAAAUGGUUUAGAAGUGAGCGGAGAAACGGAUAAUUUUAUUUGGAAUGGACGAGAAGAAAAAUGGCAGGGUUGGAUGCACGUUUAUUCGAAUAAUAAAGCUGGUCAUGGUGCGUCUCAUCGUCCAAUUAUUAAUCCAAAUGGAAAAUAUAUCGUACGUCUUUAUUUCCUUGGAUGCUGGCGUCGAAUAUUGAUAGAUGAUUUCAUACCCGUCGAUAAAGAUGGUAAUCCUCUUUUACCGACCACAGAUAAUCAUUUUGAAUUAUGGCCUAUACUUUUGGCAAAAGCUUUAUUGAAAAUAGCAUCGUUAACGUGGACACAAGAAAGAGAAAUUGUGGAUUUUAAUCCGGUUUCUUGUCUCACUGGAUGGAUCUGUUUGUCUUUGAACGUCGUUCAUCUUUCCCCUCGAGACAAGUGGGAGUUCUUAGUGAAAUAUGCGGAACACUUCGAAUGGAAGCAGGAAGGAACUAACUUGGAGAACGUAACGCUUGAUGAAGAAGAGGAAAAAAAGUCGAGCAAAAAAGGGAAAAGAAUUCGAAGAGGCGUUAAAGGGUUGCAACUUCCUGAUAAACCUCGACCUAUCACGCUGUUUCUCGAUUUGGAAGAUAUGAAAGAGGUCAAGCCCGAGACAGUGCCCGGUUUGUCGCCUUGCUGGAGCCAUUUGGUUCAUGUCGUUCAAUCGCGUGAUCUUCCAUUGGAUCCUAAAGACGUAAAUUAUUUCUCUACGAUAUACUUUUUACUUCAAUAG